GCAGAGGCACGCUUUUGCUCUAGCCGUGGCCUCGAUGGCAAUGGCGAAGGCGACGACUGCGAUAGCGCAAGCGGUUGCGAAGGUGGUUUGUCUCAUCAGGCCUUCUGCUAGCUUCGUCAAGGAGCAUUACGUCGCCAUCGUCAUCCAAACUGCCUUCGAGGUUAUUUGUGGAAGGCGAGGAGGGCUGCUGCAGGCUUUGAAGGGGCUCAUGAAGCUGCAGGCAUUGGUGAGGGGGCACAACGUCCGGAAGCAAGCCAACAUGACGUUGCGAUGCAUGCAAGCGCUAGUGAGAGUGCAGGCGAGCGUGAGAGACCAACGCAUGCGGCUGGCGCAGGAGUUGUCGGCAGCGGUUUCUCGCGGUAGCAACAAGUCCUCCUUCAACUGCUACACCUCCUUCUGGGAGUCCAAGCACCUCCAGGAGCUCGCAGAGAGGAGAUCCAUGGUAACUAACAUGUCCCUGAGAAAACCCAAGCUUUCUUUUCUCGUUAUGUGUCUUCCUUAUUUGGUGGAAUGAGCAGUCUGAGGGACGGGAGUAACUUUUAACAUUUAAGCUUACUAAAAUAUUAUGUGUUUAUAGAAUAUUUUUAACAUUUAAGCUUCUAAAAAUCAGAGUAUCAACCUAAAAAAAAUGAUCCAAAUGCUUUAGAACAACUUUCAUUACAUCCAGAUGGACCAUUAUAAUGACUUUUCUAAUUUAGAGAAUUAUUUCAAUAUUUUCUGAUUUAUUUAUAAAUUUGUAUAAUUUGUGACUUUUAGAAUUUCUUUAUAUUUUCUUCU